AUUCCAAUUUGGGAGUGCCGUGGCCUUGUUCGCUUGCUUUUAAGACUUGCAGCAAGCAGCCAUGGCGGCGCCUCCUUCUAUUACAUUCUCAUUUCCAAUUCCCCAUGCAAUCAUGAAGAACUCUCUUUCAAUCUUAUCCUUCAUUCUUCUUCUUUCUCCUUUGUUCGCCAUGGCUAACACAUCAUUUGGUGCUGAAAAUAUAGAAGGCAUAAAGUAUGAUCUUUUCCCUGAAAUCCUCAAGGAGGAAGCUGUUGGAAGACUUAAUGAGCUUGGAAAGGUAAGUGAUGCAAACGGCUACCUAGAGAGGACCUUCCAGAGCCCUGCAUCGAUCAGAGCGGGAAAUCUUCUUCGUGCAUGGAUGGAAGAUGCAGGCUUGAAAACGUGGGUGGACCAAAUGGGCAAUGUCCAUGGUCGGGCUGAAGGAAUUAAUCCAAGUGAAAGGACUUUGUUAAUUGGCUCUCAUUUGGAUACAGUUAUUGAUGCUGGAUUCUUUGAUGGUUCAUUGGGCAUAAUUUGUGCAAUAUCUGCAUUAAAGGCAUUGAAUUCCUCUGGAAGGUUGGGUAAACUCCGGCGACCAGUUGAGGUAAUCGCGUUUAGUGAUGAGGAGGGAGUAAGGUUUCAGUCAACCUUCUUGGGCAGUGCAGCUAUUGCUGGCAUAUUACCAGUUUCAGCGUUGCAAGUACAUGAUAAGAAUGGUGUGACAGUGCAAGGUGCUCUGAGAGCAAGUUCUAUAGAGACUACAGAAGAAAACCUUUUGCAGCUCAAAUAUGAACCAGAAUCUGUUUGGGGCUAUGUUGAGGUUCACAUUGAACAGGGACCUGUACUGGAGAAUGUUGGUCUCCCUCUUGGUUCAGUAAAAGGCAUUGCAGGGCAGACAAGGUUGAAGGUGACAGUGAAAGGCACACAAGGACAUGCAGGGACAGUACCCAUGAAUAUGCGACAGGAUCCUAUGGUUGCAGCUGCUGAACUAAUUGUAUUUCUGGAAAGUCUUUGUAAACAACCUGACUAUUAUCUGUCAUAUGAUGGUCAAUGCACAUCUUCAACAGUGGAAUCUCUUGCAGGAUCUCUGGUCUGUACUGUUGGAGAGAUAUCAACUUGGCCAAGUGCAAGUAAUGUCAUUCCAGGCCAGGUGACAUUCACCGUAGAUGUACGUGCGAUGGAUGACUCAGGACGAGAAGCUAUAAUUUAUGAAUUCUCUAAUAGACUCUACCAUAUGUGUGAUAGGCGUUCUGUCUUCUGUAACGUUGAGAGAAAGCAUGAUGCAAAUGCUGUGGUUUGCGAUCCUGGCCUGAGUACACAGCUAAAAUCUGCAUCUUAUACUGCUUUGAAAAGAAUAACUGGUGAGGAUCCAGGUGAUGUUCCUGUACUGAUGAGUGGAGCAGGACAUGAUGCAAUGGCCAUAUCUCAUCUAACCAAGGUGGGAAUGCUAUUUGUUCGUUGUCGUGGAGGCAUCAGCCAUUCUCCAGCAGAACAUGUAUUGGAUGAUGAUGUUUGGGCAGCUGGAAUGGCUGUCCUUGCAUUUUUUGAGACACUCUUGUAAUAGUUGGCAUUUUGCAGUGCAACCUAGUAGGCUAGUUUGCUAUUCAUAAUCCCAUUUUGUAUAUAUAUGUAUCCAUUCAAUUUCUAUAGUUGCAGUAAUGAGAAUGUAUAUUUGCAAUAAAACAAGUUGGCCUGUUACUUAA